AUGUUGUACACACGGGUCAACAUCCCGAUGCCUCUGUCGUUGAGGAUGGUGAGCUUUUCUGCCAGUUUCUGCUGGCUAGGCUGGAUCACUCCCCGAGACAUCUUGGAACUCCUCGAUUCGAUCCCCCCAAAUCAGGCACCACGAAAAAAAGACAGAAAAUUGCAAAUGUCCACAGGUUCGUCUUCGCUAAGAUAUUGUUUUUUUUAGGAAUUAGAUUUGGUCCAUGAUCGGCUUCCUGUACUCCACCCACCGUCUCUUCAGCCUCUUGCCGUGUUUUUUUUUUUCACUGGGAUGAGAGGAAUCCCAAUUUUCACUAUGUGGCUGCUUGACCUGGAUGCGAUGCAUUCACUUUCCCAAGAGAUCCAGUCUUUCUCUCGAAGCCGGCUACGGAAACAGUACACGCAUGUCACCACCAUCGGCGGCAGGAAGCUGCUGGAGAGAAGCGCCGAUGGAGGACAUGUGGAGGAGCUGGAAGGAGCAAGCGGAUAUGGAUUUGUGGAAGAUACAAGUCUGGACCUUCAAGUUGGAGUGGUGCGACCAUUUUUAUUGCUGGCGUCUCAGGAUGCGGCCCAGGACAUGGACGUGUUGCAGAGACACAAGGUGUCUCAUGUGCUGAAUGUGGCCUUCGGAGUGGCCAACGCCUUCUCAGAUCAGCUGGUGUACAAAACACUCCGGAUCCUGGACCUCCCUGACACCAACAUCACGUCUUAUCUGAGCGAGUGUAGCGCUUUUAUCGAUCAAGCACGGGAACAGGACGGCGUGGUGCUGGUCCACUGCAACGCCGGCGUUUCUCGAUCCUGCUCCAUUGUGAUUGGUUACUUGAUGCUGAGGGAGGGGCUGCCGUUUGACGAGGCGUACCGUCAGGUGAAGCGGGCACGGCCUUCAUGUCAGCCCAAUCCAGGUUUCUACCAGCAACUGCAAAGCUACACGCCACCAUGAGCAGCGCGUCAUGGACCAAAGAUGUUUUAUCGCAUUUGGUGUCCCGCUCCCAUUUUAAAACGACUGGAUCACAAAUUGUUGGACUCAUAAAUACACGGGAAACAGAUUGUUCAAAACAUGGGGCUCUAUUUUUGUAGACCUGGCACGACCGCGGUGCAGGGCUAUGGCGCACCCACACCUCCGUCCCUCCCACUGGCGCAAGUGGCAACGAGGGAGGAGAGAAGGCGUGAGAGGGUUUAACACAGACGAAUGUAAUCUUAACCAGUCAAAUGAACGCCUCUUAUUACCUUUAAAUGCUUAGGGCAUACUGGACUGCACAUCAGAGGCCACUAUGCACGUCACCGUGGGAACCACUUUGAAUGCUUCAGGAUAGCAAAACAUUUUGGACAAUUUCAUGCUCCCAACCUUGUGGGAACAGUUUGGAGUGGGCCCCUUCCUGUGCCAACAUGAGACGUGGAUGAACUUGACUGGCCUGCACAGAGUCCUGACCUGAACAUGUUACAUGUUACAUGUUGACCAGGUCACUUGUGUCUUGUAUUGCACCGAUUACUCAGCUGCUGUCAGGUUCAAUUUCCGUUAUGUGUGACUAUGAUGGGACAAUGAAUACAAAAAUUACAUUAAAUAGUGGUUGCUGGUUGCAUUGAAA